UAUUUUUAUCUGUGCUGUCUGGCAGAUUGUCUGUUUUCUUUUCAGUUUUAGUUUAGUCUGUGGACUGAAACGACAAACGAAAGUGGGCGAAUAUGUGUUUGUUUUUAUUGUAAUAAUAAAUAGUAGAAUCGAGGCGCUUAAAAUCGUAUAUUGGUAAAGUUAUGUCAAGUAAUAGGUUUCCUUGCAAAAAUGCAUUUUUCUAUACCUGAUCUGCAGCAGUUCCAAGAUGACAACGGAGUUUCAUACACGGGCUACAAUAUUUACAUAGACGGAUUUUUCCACUGUACAACAAGGUAUAAGCAACUGCUUUGCCUUCACGAACAGUUGCAAGCACAAAAUCCUUAUUUUAAGUUACCACAAUUCCCACCUAAGAAAUUAUUUCUAACCAGUUCCCAACUAGAAGAAAGACGGAUCUUAUUGGAAAAGUAUAUCCAGCUAGUUGGUCAAAAUCCUAUGUUGGCAAACUCUGAACUUCUGAUCACGUUCCUGUUUUCGGCACAACAAGAAACACAUUCUGUGAGAAUGCAUGAAGUGGACAUUGAAAUAUCUCUAAUGAAUGGUUACCGAAUACCCCUCUCCGUGUCAUCCACAGACUCCUCAAGCACAAUACUCGACAUUGCUUGUAAUUAUAUUAAUUUGCCAAAAGAAUUGUCAAAAUAUUUUUCACUAUACCUUUUUAACUGGAGUUGUGCAAAGGACGGCCAGCCGGCAUUGAAGAAGCUAGAGGAAUAUGAAUCUCCAUACAUAUCUCAAAAGUAUGUUAGGCCUGAAGAUAAAAUUGUUUUAAGAAAAAGUUACUGGGACAUGUGCUAUGAUCUGGAUUUAAUGAUAGAUAGGGUGUCACUAGACCUUUUAUAUUUACAAACCAUAGAAGAGCUUGAUCUGGGCUGGUUAACAGCGGAGUCACAUAUCAAAGAUAUACUGAAAUCAUAUGAAGAAAAGAAACAAAAGAGAGAGUACUUAGAACUAGCGCGGACCUUGAGGCACUACGGGCGGAUACCGGCAGGCGAGGCAGUGACGGACGCGAGCAACAUAUCAGGAGCGACCGGCGCUACCUGCCGCGUGUCCGUGGCGCUCGCCGGCCGCGAGCUCAUGUUGACCAGCCCGCAGGCCAGGGAACAACGGUACAAGGUCACGAGGAUGCGGUGCUGGAGGAUCACAACGUUGCAUGGGGUAGAUCAAUCAUUAUCAAACGGCCACCGCUCUUUGCUGGAGGAGUCGAACAAGAACUUCGAGCUGUCUUUCGAAUACCUCAUCAGCAAAGACAACCUCAAGUGGAUCACCUUGAAGACGGAACACGCUACAUUUAUAAGCGUCUGUUUACAGUCCAUCGUGGACGAGCUGAUGCGGCAGAAGGGCGGGUCGGGGCCGGCGUCGCCGCGCGGGCGGCGCGCGGGCGCGGGGCUCACGUUCCUGCGCCGCGACGGCUCCUCGCGCCGCGUCACCCCCUCCUCCUCCAGCGACACGCUCAGCUCCGCCAAUGGGGAUUCAUACAAUUCAGGCAGCUCUCGAGAGAUAUUCUCAGUUCAGAAGUUGACGGAGAAGUUCGCGUCCGUCGCCUUCAAGACCGGCAAGGAUUGCGUCGAGAACAACGCUUUCGAAGCUAUUGGGGACGAGGAGCUAUAAAGUACUGAAGAAAAGACCAGGAAGUCUUUUUGUAAAGCCCCUUCCACAAUUACCUAUUGCGCGAAUCACUCGCAGGUCUUAGCUUCACAGGCAGCUUUGGCGCUUUUAGAGCUUUUAUUCAUUCUAAUUGUAAAAUUUUGUAUGUUCGCGCGUGAUUUCUGCUCUAUGUGUAGGGGGGGCUUGAUGGUCGGCUUUUCAACUCGAAAUUUAAAAAAAAAACUAUAUUUUCUAAUUUAGGCCUACAACUGUGACAUAUAUUGUAUAAAAAAAAAUCUAAAAUUUAGUCAUAGCAAUACCAUACGAACAAUUAAUAAUCUUUUUCAAUGUAGAAUUAUUCAAAUUCAGCUUCAUCAUUUAGCUCAUUUCGUAAAAGACUACAAUAUAGUUUUAGUUGUGUGCCUUGGCAAGCUACGCCAAAGUUCAGCAGCCAUGUCAAAGAACGAGGAACAAAUUAGGGUCUUUCUGCAAAAAUCUCAUUCCCCUGGCUAUACCCAUUCGCGAAUUCCCAGGAAAUUCCGCUUUAUUAGCAUCUCAUUUUUGGUGACUGUAACUCGUGCCGAGUUCUAUCUACAACCAAAACAGCUAAGCGGAAUCUCUUGGGAAUUUGUGAAUAGGUAUAGCCAGGGGAGUGAGAGUAGAUGACCCAGUAUUGUCACCGGCAUUUUCGCACCGACUUGAACAGAACAAAGUAAGGGUGUGUCAGUAUAAACGUCAUAUUUACAUAGAAAUUUGACAUUACUAAUGACAUGGCCACACUUUGUCAUUGCAAAUGCCACGCAGAGUUGGCUUGGCUGACUCUGCAUAAUAAAUUACACUAAAUGUGUUCGAAUUAUAAAGAUAUUAACGUACAACACUCAAUUAGUUAACCGCAUUAUGAAAGCAUUAAAGUUGAUUCGUAAAACUCGACAGGUUUAGGCCGUUAGAAAUAAUUGUAGGUACUAUUUGUAUGUAAAGGCGGGAUUCCACACGUGUGCGGCACAAGCAUAUUUAGUACAAAAAUGCUUGUGCCGCACACUGGUGGAAUUCCACCUUUAAGCUCGAACAAAACGUUCUCCAAAGAUCACAAUGUCAUUGAAGAAAUUAAUUGCCAAUCCAAUCUAUAAAUAUAGGUGUAAAAAGUAAUCAAUUCCAUUAAUUAGGUAAUGUACAGCUAAUCAAUUAAGCGAUACUGUUAUACUUGUAUUAUAUUUACAUUAAACGGCUAUGAACCGAAUCUGUCCUCCUUGGCGUUAGAUGGUUUUAAAGUCUUAACUUUCAGAGCUAGUAUAAAUUAGACAUAAUUAACUUUUUGUCUCUCUGUUGCAUAAUAAAAUGGCGCAAUUAGAAAAAAAAUCUGGACAAGCUUAUACGAUGUUAUUUUACUUUUGAUUAGGUCCUUUUUGUUUUCCUAAUUUUAUACCUAAAAUAUUAUUUAUCAUUCCUCGAAUCACAACAUAUUCAAAUGUAAUAGAUAUAUGAAUUAAAAAAAUAAUAAUAUUAAAUAUUCUAAAUAGCGAAUGCUAUACUUUUGAUGUAAUUAUGAUGGUUUUGCCAUAUAUUUGCCAUUAUUUACAAUAUUUAUUAUAUUGUAGGCUUUAUACAGGCUCAAAUCGUUUAGUCUAUAAGCAAACAAUUAUUUUGUAUAAUAUUAUUGCAUUCAACUAAUAUGUUUUGUAUAGGGUGUGUUUGUUUUACAUCGAAUAUUAACUAGUCGUAAAUAUGUAUCUCUAUAUUAAUCAUGGUAAAACAGGGGAAAUAAUAGUUAAAUAUAAGUAAUGUCAUUACUAACACUAUCACUAGAACUAAUCUGAACUAUUUUCGCCCAUGGUUUCCUAAAAUGGCCCUAGAAGUGUUUUCUCCACCUACACUAAAAUUUGUAAUAUUUAAAUAACUGUUUAUAGUAAUAAAGUAUACCAUAUAUAAUUAAAUGAUCUCUUUUAUGGACUAAAUUUAUUUCCUAUUAUACAAUGUAAAAUUCUAAAUCUAUUCUGUAGGUAACAGUUCUUGUAAAUGUAGCCUUGAUAACGAGCAUCAUCGACGGCCCUUACCCCUGUGAUGUAAUUGACUGAUUAUUAUUUGCCAUUAUGGAGUGUGGAAUUAAGAGGAGUGACAUCUCUUAUGGUAGAACUGUUGCAAAAGUGUCCAGCUGUUAGCUAUAAAUAAUAGUUCCAAAUCUCUCCAGAGUAGCGCUAGAGUAGCUAAGAAUCUAGGCGCUAUUGAUGGAGUGAAGUGCGCUGUCUAUGAUUUGAUUUUAUUGUUCAAGUAUUCUAGGUAUUGAAGCGCCACCUAUUUAAGGUUUUUUGAUGACACUUUUUGGUACAUGGAGAUUUAUUUCCUUACCUUCCGUAUUUGCCAUAUAAGUACCAAAUUUGUUUCAAAAAAUCAGGUUUUAAAAAAGUUGGUAAUUUGUGUUCAGAGUAAGAGCAACAAUGUAUGCUAUAGGUUCUAUUGGAAUUUUAACAUUUUAUUCGUGAACAUUUCAAUGCGUUAUUAAAUUGGAUGUAAUACAUUUUAGAAAUAAACUAAUAUUUGAUGUUAUGUGUAUACGCAAUGCUACCAAUAUUAAUUGUAUUAAAAUUUGUGUCUAAAAUACAUUUUUAUAAAAAGUUCUGUUUGGACCAAUGUAAAGCAUUUUGAAUAAGUAAAAACCCACCGUAUCAUUUAAUAAUACCAUGAGAUUUUUUCUAUUCCCUAGAUAUGUUGACGGAUUGUGAAAUUUUGUCCUAUAACUUCAGUGUUACAUUACAUUUUAUUUUAUUCUUAAUUUGCAUGUUUUUACGUUUUCUUUGUUCUAUUAUAUUAUAUGCUUAGAAAAAUAUACUAAUAUUUAAUUUUAUGAAUAUUUACUGUAGGUUUAUAUACCUAUUUGAAACCAAAAUUUUACAGUUUUCAAAAAUGCAUUUUUAGGGUUAUUUACUUGGAAUUCGGUCAUCAUUAAUUUUACUGCCGGGUGGAAGUGUUCAAAACUGAGGACAGCUUUUUUUCCAUAACUGGUAUCUAAGGUGAAGGUAUGAUUUAUAGGUAUAUACUAUCCCUAUAGGGAAUAAGCCAAGUAUUUACCCUUAUCGAUUUGUACUUUGAUAAAUUACUAAAAUUGGUUGAAAUUGGGAAAGACAAACACUAUAUCUAGUAACAAGUAUGGACUAUUUGUUUUACCCAACAACCUAGCUUAUGCAUGAAAUAAAACUAAAAAUAUUUUUUUAAAGAAAAUCAAAUGUAUUAACUUGUACUAUAAGGCAGGAAUUCCUAUGAUUAAUUACUUGUCUAAUUGGAAGUUAUGUAAGAGUGAUUAUUAUUGUUGUCAAUUUGACUUGUUAUUUAGAUACACUAUGAAAUUAUUGUUUCAGAGGGACCAUAUUCGUUAAUUAUAAUUUCAGUUUUAUCACGAAAGGCCAUAAAAGCUCAUCUUUUGCCAUACUGUUCUCCAUCCUUUAUUUUUUGUGUAUAAUAUUUAUAGUAAUAAAACAAUUUUACCUAAA